GAGACGAACGGCAGCUCGUAAAUUUCAAAAAUUUUAAAACAACAGCAACAACAAGUAUUUUUCACGCGCUGACCAAAAUUAUUUUAAAUCACCUGCUGCCCCGCAUUUAUCAUUAGAGCCAGCCAGCAGCGCCACAUUCCAGUAGAUACCCAUUCCAGCGGAUGGCCAUUCCCCCACCAAGUCAGGCCAGAGCUGCUGGCUCCCUAACGACCGCAGAAAGUCUUCAGCCCAACUCCCAGGGCGACUACAACGAGAGCAAGAUUUGCGAAAGAGCACUUUAUUUUGGCCAAGCCAUUGCCACGCCUCUUGCCACUCUUGCUCCUUCCUGGCCAAUGCCCAACACCCACUCAUAAUGUUCGCUGCUGGUGCUAUUGCCGCUUCUGAUGUUAUUUUGCCAUUUUCGCGCUUGGUCGGGGAAAAACUGUUUUGUUAUCACAGUGAUAAAUGGAAAAUUAUUUUGAAUCGAGCAACUACUUAAAAGAAUUCCCAAAGGUUGUAAUAAAUUUUGGCACACACACAAGCACACAUACAAAGCCACAUGCAUGUGGCCAGGAAGGACAUAAGUGAACGAGGAAGGACAUCUUGGUAAGGACGAAUCCAGCUUGAGCUCGGUGGCUGCCUGGCUGGCUUGGUAAUGUCGUCCCAGAUAAAAAGGUGAUUGACGAAGCGAAAGCAAAAGUCAUGGCCAAAAUUCCACUUAGCAAUGCAGUUGUCGUUGACUGAGAAAGAAAGGGGAGAACGGGAAAGAGCCAGGGCGAGAAAUCCGUUCUGGCAUGCACUUAAUCCGUAUUGGGAGUUGGAGAUGCUGAGGGUUUUACUCUUAGAAGACAAUCAACCCUGAAUAGAUUCACAAGCGAAAGAUUUCCUGCGAGUUGCAGUCCUUGCAUACUUGGAGUAUCCUUGGACUAAGAGGCAAUCACCGAUCUGAGUGAAAAGUACAAAAAUAGCCCGCAAGGCGAAGCCGAAGGCGUCUCCGCCAUCAAAACAAAGCGCAGCACUCUGAAGCAAGGUGAGCUCAUAGCCGCCGAAGGAGAUGGGGAUAGAGAGGGGAGGCGACUGCGACUGGUACUGGGACUAUGUCUUGCCACAAGAAGAAACCGUUCUCUGCUUCUCAAUUAGGUUAGCUUAAUUUAAAUUUGGUUCGAGUGCUUGCCGAGUGCUUGGUCAGGACAUUAGCAGCAAAUAUUAGCAAAUGCUUAAAGUUCUCCUUAAUUGCGAAUAGUUUCGGCAGUAUGGAGUAAUCCGGAAUUCAAAUGUCUAUAGCCAAAGCCAUAGAAGACAGAUCACAUCAUCACAUUAUCUUCUAAAUAAACUUCGAGAAGUUAAACAUACUUUCACAUUGCCUAACAAAAGACAUACUAUACUAAUAUAUUCCUUAUUUUUACCAUAAAGCAGCGAAAACUUGAUCGAUGGACUUGAACGACGAUGAUAAUGUCGUACAGCCGCAUCAUGCGCGGAUCAUACGCCUUCCCAAUGAUCCAUCAAUGGUGGCAGUGCAUGAGCUUUACAAGACUUCGGUGAAAACCCUGCGCCUUCAGAGUGAACAGAAUCGGGAGGUCUUCGCGGAGGUCUUCAUAGAAGGUUCGUUGGAUACUUUGACCAACCUGUGCGUGAAGGCGUUGGCCAAACGGGGUAUCAGGAACGCUCCACAAAUUGUGGCGGAGAGACCAGAAUUGAUGCGAGUUCUUUACGAUGCACUGGACGUCGAAUUGCCGCUGAGUGAUUGCUACUUUAUCGAUGACCAGCGCUACUGGCAACGUGUUGUGUUCGCCAAGUGCCCGGACAAGAAGCUGCGCAGGAAAAGCUGGCACGAGUACGAUUGGAGAGCCAAAGGACUGAGUCUCAAGUACGUGGAGCUGGUGGAGAGCUGCCCAGCAGCGUUCUGGCCAGAGACGCAGAUGGCCGAGCUGGCUGCUUUGAUCCAAGAAUAUGUGACAGCCAUACACAUAAAGAGACUGCAGGCGCUGCCGGACACGGUGUUCGCCAAGUACGAUCUGAGCGAGGGGGAAAUAGAUGUUUCCUCUGAGUCAUCAGAGGAGGAACCUAUAUCCAGCGACGAACCUGAUACGGAUGAGGAUAUGGGCGAGGACGAGGGUGAAGAGGAGGAAGAAGUCGCGGAGAAGCCUGUGCGAAAGCCCAUUGUCCGUGCAAGUGAAACUGAGCCAAAGAAGGACUCCUCUGCAGUCUUGGAGAAACCUGUCUUACAGAAGACCCCCAGAACAAGUGAAACUGAGCAAAACACAGACACCUCUGUUGCAAUUGAUUCUAAGAGAAAGACGGCCUUUUUGGGAAACAUAAAUCCAGCAUCAUCAGCAUCGCCGUCAACAUCUCAGGAGAGCUUUGACGAGACUGCAGAGCGGCGCAAAGCGCGUCAUUUCCGCAACGCAGCACGCCAACAGCUGCGGGACUUGGCUGCCGAGAAAUUUGCCAAACACCUAGAGCGUCGCCUCAAAAGAGAGAAGAUGCUAGAAGAGUUCAGGCGCACAGUUGAGCAAACAAAGAAAAAGAAAAAGAAAAAAGCAAUAAAGGGUGUCUUCGACAUUCCCGUCGAGCCGGAGCCAUCCGAUCACGAAGACCAAAAAACCGACAAGCGCAACAGGGGACUGUUGUUGCGCCACCUUAAGCGAUUCAACUAUCCCACGGAGCUGUGUCACCACAUUGAUCUGGGCUUUGUGCGCUUCUUUGAGAACCUGACCUCGUUCACAUUGGAGUUCCUGGGCACACCGGACACCAAUCACGAACAUUUUAAAAGUUACCAAUUGAAAUUCUCAUACGACGACAUGACGCACCUGGCCAAGGGUUUGUUGCACCUCAAGCAGCUCCAGAUCUUUCGACUGCGCAACAGUCUCAUGGACAGCCGACAUCUGGGCAUUCUGGCGCGUGCUCUUCGGUUCAUGGACUCGCUGGAAGAGAUCGACUUUGGGUACGACCAAAUGCAGGAUGACUGCAGUAAUGCCCUGCAAAUAAUAAUGGAUCGCACAACGAUGUUCAAGACAUUACAACUGGAAUACAACCGUCUUGGCGUGGAAAGCAUGGAUGUGAUCGGCAUGGCUCUGGCGCAUCACAAAGUUGAAGAUGAUUUCCUGGAGUACCUAGGGCUGGCCCACAAUCCCCUCUGCGACAAUGCCCUGGGAAAACUCUUUCACUGGAUCCAUGGCACCGGCCACGUGCAUUCCCUCAACAUUAAUGGCAUAGAUGGGAGAACAAGCAUGGCGUCUAUUGGUAGACUCAUUGGGAUCCUGCUGCGUAGCCAUAAUCCUCUGCGUCGCCUGGAAAUGGCGGCGAUACCCCUUGGUCCCGCAGUGGGACUAACCCUUAUACGAGCCCUAGAGCAAAACAGAAAGAUUCUAUAUUUAGACUGUCGCGAAUGCGAUCUAGACUCGGACCAAGAAUUCCAAAUGGACAUCAUAGUGCGACGCAACAAUUACUGGGUAAAAAACCCGCCCAUCGACGAGAUAUGUGAUCUGAUUAAAAAUCGAAAGCAUCCUUUAAUCGAAAAUAUGCAGAGCGAUCAGAGGAAAUACAAGGAGUGCCUCAUUUCUAGACCUUCAUUGCCCAGAAGCAGGAUUUCGUCCAUCAAAGAGGUGGUCGAGGAAAAGGAAGAGGAGGAGUACGACAUCUGGGCCAUACUGGGCAUAACAACCCGCCAAACUGUUAGAAUAGAGAUAGAAUCCAGCGAAACCUCCGAGGUAUUAAAGGAGCCCUUCGUCUAUGAACCCAACAAAUUUAAUUUGGAUCAAUUUCGAGAAUUGGUCGAUUUGCCAGGACCAUCCAAUCGUUUUUUAUAUUUUAAGAAAAACAGAAUGAAGUAAUGAAGAAUUUUUUAACAUAAAACUCUUAAAUUUGGUUACCUUUGUGGCAUUAAACAAUAUA